GUACCGGUAUCGUAAAGCGGAAAGAUCGGUAACGUUCGCGGUAACGUUUCGUGUGCGCGGCAUACGAAAUUCGAGCCCGUCUCGAGUCCGCAGCCUCCGAUGUGUCACUCGAAGAGGCAUUAAAUGGGUCUACUCGCGGGAUCGUCGGCGAAACUCGCGAAUCGGCGACGCGCGAGUCGCAUUGGCCCUACCGAUGAUUGUACUAACCGUUCGGGAAACCUGUAACCCGCCGCGGCAGGCCGCGAACUGCACCUCGUUUUCUUUCAUCACGUGCACUACGCGCGGUGGCUAUAACCAGUCCUGCGGACGUGACACAACAACAAAUUUAAAGGGACGACAAAAAUCCAGGAGGCUCCUACGAGCCGUCUCGAGCACAUUGGACCCGCGCGUAUCCCGGGAUUGCGGGGCGAUCGCGAUCUGCUCCGAUGAUAAGCUUCUUCGCGAGGCUGACGACGCGCGGCAGCUUCCUAAAAAUAAUUAACCAAGAUUUGGUUGAUUCGGUCUGGCUGACUCCUGCCGGCAGAGAACAAUGCCGUGGCGCGAAGCUCGCAAAUUUCAUAUCUUUCGACAAGAAUGCAAUUAAUAUCAAUUGUAAAUGUCACAUCAGAUCACCCGCGCCGAUGAGUUUCAUCCUCGAGCUGUACUUUUGUCGAAUUAAUUUAUUUCUAAUCUCGCGACCUCGGCUUUUUCAUUAUUUCUCCUACUUAUCGCGCUCGGCGUCUCGAUUGAGUAAAAAGUAGAUCCUCUUUCUGCGCGAUGGAUUAACAUUUAUGGUUUUUCUUUUGUUUUCGCAUUAUAGGUAUGCACUGCCUAGGCGCGGUGACGGGAGGAGGCACCUCCAGCCCGAACGGGGCUGGCGGUCGGGGUGGUAUUCUUAGUAUGUUUCGAGCCCUUGGAGUCCUUGUGUGCGAAGGGAGGAUCCAGGGCCCUCCGCGUGGCUACAAAGAGGGCCCACACUGCGCACCGCCUAUGCAGGCGGUACCAAACGACCACGUGUGCGAGGAGAACAACUAUCUGUGCAAUCGAUACCGAGUACUAAUUCAGGAGAUCACGGAACGCCUCGCUACUGGAUCAUACCUGUGCGUUGAGGUGCUUUUGUGCAGCGAUUGUCCGUGUGGUUUGACAAAGUCCACCUGCAAGUAUCCCGUGUACCCUGUGCCGUCCUUACCCAUUUCACCAUGGCAGAAAUGUGCUUCGGAGAUGUUACUCGAGUACUGGUGCAUCUGCGUUGUCCCGAGCAAGAGUCCGGAACCAAUGAAUUUUCAAGGAUUGUACCAAGCAGUACGUUCACGGUUACACUUUAGCCAAGUUGCAGCGUGGUGGUCACGCAGCAACGGCGCGGAGCCGAGCUACAUAGCGACUCGGAUCGUAUCGCACAAUGAAGACAAUCUCAGCAAGUUCCGAGAGACACCGAUGGAGCAUACCUUCCCUCUGGCUGGUAGCGGCGACGGAAAUUCCAUCAAGGUAACUAUGUGGGCUCUGCCGCGGAUGAAGGAGGUGCCUGUACUCGCGUGUCCGCUGCAUCCGAAAAAGGAGAUAGACGAAGAGGAUAUCGCAAGAGCAUUAACACCCACCAAGAGCAUCCCGAUGGGAUCCGGCAGCGCACAAAAUCCAGAGGGUCUUGUCUUACCUGUUCUCGUGGACGACAGACUGCAAACCACUUGUAACAAAUCUGGUAAACAUGAUUGCCGUUGCGAAGAGGAGGACACAUCCCCUUUGUCACCUACUAUCAGAUCCAAUGGUGAACGGAAACGUCGCCGCUCGCUUCCCUGUGGCCCGGCGGAAGGUUCUUGUGUGACUUUGCAACCAGCACCGUUGCCGUCCGUUCAAGAAUACCUACCACAGGAAAUAAGGGACAACACCAGUUCGAGCUUAACGAGAGGCACUGCCGAGAUGGUGAACAACAACCGUAGCGUCGCAAGAACUCUUCAGAAUAAACUGGAGAACAAGAACGAGGUGAGGACUCAUAACAACCGGAACUCGGACUUGGAACGCUGUUUUAAGAUACAUUUAAAAAUUGAGGAGCUUGAUGGCAACUUGGAGAAACGUUGCAAGCAUACGAUGACAGAACUCGCGGAGAUUGCUAAUUCGAAGAACAUUGAUCGGAUCGAAGAAGGCUACAAUAAUUCUGCUAAGAAUUCGACCAAUCUUGGAAAAGAAUCCGGUAGCUCCUCGGACAUGAUACCCGCAAAGAGUGGUGGGAUAUUGCACAAUCUUAGUCCUUUUGCUCCCACCAGUUGGUCCUUUGUCUCCUCGUGGCAGAAUAGCAAUAUGAAUAGUAAAUUUCAAAGCUUCCGUGGUGCAAAGGAAGCUCGUUUCAACGAUUCCGAAAAAAAUUACAAGCCGCCAACUGUCGCAUCUAACCACGCUCCGAUCAAUCCCUACGCUCAGCCCAAUCCCUUCCACGAAUCAAAUCCUGGACCCUCGACGCAUAAAUGGAUGCAAAAAACACUAGACAAUUCCGCUUGCAUCGUACAUCAGAGUUAUCCUAAAAAUAUCCAUAAGGUUAUCACUGACGCGCAAAUAUCAGCCGGUCAAGACGCAUUGGAGAUUAACAAGGAAGAUAGUACCGUCAAGAAUGGUCAGAGAAAGACUGGAAAGCCGGAUUUGAAUCAAUUAAUGUGGAAACUGUCAGUUCCGGACGAGAAAGAAAAGAGAGAAGAAGGAGGAUUAUUGGAUUGGUUCAGCAAAGUACCUGGAAGAGUUCUGGGUGUUGCGGCAACGAAGGGCUACGUUGAUAGCAACAAGAUGAAGAACGAAGGUGUGAAACAGCCGGAACAGACGAUUGCACAGCAGAGUACGAACGAGAUCAAGUUCAAGAACUGCAAUCUCGAAUUGAGCCAGAGAGAGGUUGACGAAGUGUUAGCGGUACUGCGAGCGAGGACGCCGUCGGGACGUAGAAGAGCCACUGUUAAGAAUGUGAGGAAACGCGGGGAACGACCCGAAAGGAGCAGUGAUGACACGGCAAAAUACAUGGGUUGGGAGGAUGGAGUAAUUCGGAGUAAUUCGAUAAAUCGCCACGUUGGAACAGUUCGAGUUCGCACGCUUAAAUCUUGCGAGGAUUGUAGCCGUGGGUUGUGCAAAAAGAUAGACCAUCAGGUACCGGAGGAACAACCAAGCCCUCUAGACCGGGUCUAUUAUGACAAGAAUGUUUAUCGGCCUGCGCGCUCGAAACUUGCCGAUGGCACCAACAAGUUAAACGGUGACCUGCAAGCGAAGAUGUAUCCAUGCGAGGAAGUGGAUCGUUUGCGCAACGUUUCCACUAAAGCUGACGUGCUACUCGGAGCCAUUCUGCGGACCAGCAAGGACCGAAAGGACCUGUCGGAUAUUUCAUCAAACGGGACCAGACCUAGGUCGACGACUAGCAUUGACGACGACAGCAGCGACGACGAUUCUCACUUAUCGAGUAUCGAAAAGCUCGAUCAGCAGGACCACGGAAGCACUUCAUCCAAUGACGAGAAAUUCUUGCCGCUGAAUAAAAGAUUCUACCGGUUCCGGCAGAUGUUUAAGAAAGAAGUUGAUAAGAGGAUCGCAUUGAUAGCGGAGGACAGUUCCUUCUCGCAGGAGACCUCGCCAAGUCCAACGCUGCCGCAACGCUUAAAUACAGCGUCGCUUCGCCACAACAACGAACAACCGAAUCUGCAUAGCGCGAGAUAUAGUAAGACAAAGCGACGUAUCGACUUUGCGAACUUCCCGGAGGCUACCGAGAAGAAAGAGGAUGCUGCGACGUUCAGUACAAAAGACGCACAUCAAAAGCCACGCAAUAUGCAUAGUACAAAUAAUAAUGAUCGCGAAUGCGAUUCCGAGGGCCUAAAUAACCAGCAGAAUCAUUGCAAUUGGCGGAUACUCGAAGAUGCGAAGGAACCUUUUGAAAAUAAAGAGCAGAACGAGAAUACAAAGGACAUUGCUGUUCUUCAGAAGAGCAAUUUGACUACUCCAACUAUUCCGCAGAGCGGAUAUUCGUCUUCCAAGCUACGGAGCAACAAUUACAAGGACAGUAAUGCAGAGACGGGAGACGACGAAACUGUCGAUAAGAGCGUGCCGUCCGCGCUCGAGCAGGAGAGAUUCCGCAGAUCCCUGGAGAACGCUGCAUCGAUGGUAUUCCAUAGCAGAACUGGUUUGCCGUUGACCUCUAGUCCAGCGCCGUUGAGAAGAGGUAGCUGUUGCUUCGACUACGACAGCAGCUUGAAUUCCGUUUCCUCCAAAAGAAACGCUUUGUUCGAAUUAAAUACACCGCCGAGUCCGGGCGCAGUCUCGUUGGAAGAAACCGAUCGCGAUGCGGAAACCGCCGGUGAAGGCGAGGAAACACCCAAAAGACGCUCUAGCUCUCGUCAUCGACCACAGAGUCACGCUCUUCUAGGCAGCUUCGAGGAAUCGGCGUUGAACGGUAGACUCGAACCGGUGUCCACGGUUCACGGUUUCACAGCGGAACUCGGGGCCAGCGGUUCCUUCUGCCCGAAACACCAGAAGCUUCCAGUCACUGUGUUCUUCUAUACACUCGGUGACAACGACAAAGUCUCCACACCAUACCUUGCUCACAUUAAUCUUGAGAAAAAGGGCUAUCAGGUACCAAGAAGUGGCACUGUUCAAGUGACUCUUUUGAAUCCGUUGGGUACAGUCGUUAAGAUGUUCGUAGUAUUGUACGAUCUUUCCGAUAUGCCGCCGCGAUCUCAUACUUUUUUACGUCAAAGAACACUGCGGGACAAAACACUACGCUACCUCGUUCACCUUAGAUUUAUGUCCAGCAAAUCAGGUCGAAUUUAUCUGCAUACGGAUAUCCGUAUGAUCAUCUGUCGGAGGUCGGAUGUGGACACGGCGUCGGACUUGGGCUCGGAAUCGCCGAAAGAACUCAGGAGUUACAUUCACGGUCCUACAAAUCCAAAAUUUUCGCCAAGGUGCUGAGCCACGUGGUAUUUUCCAUGGGGCUGCUGCCAAUCGUUCCGCCCGCCCAGUCCCCUUCAAGUCGAACUGUGAUCGACAAACGCUCGAAUAAGAUAUCAAAUUAGAAAUCAAUUUUUGUUCUUUUAACCCUUUGCGCUUGACGAUUGUAAUUUUUCGUGCCGGAAAGAAACAACCGACAUGUUUUUAUUAUUUAUUUAUUAAUUUAAUUUCUCACUGGCAGUAAUAGGAACAAGUUAUUACGUUAAUCCAUUGUGAUAAUGUUAAGAUGAUAAAUGUAGCUCUCAACACUACUACGAAACAUGAUUUAUUUCUAAAUUAUUUUAGAUCGCAAAGGGUUAAGAGGGAAUCGAGAAUCGAAAAAGCGCGAGAAUACAAUGAAAAUUAUUUGGAAAAUUACACGUGGAUUUAACUGUUCGUGUUGGAACAAUAAUUUAUACACGCGUUCAUAACACUUAUUUUUCUUUCGCAAAAAUUAUUAGAACGACAUCGAUCUUUUGCAUAUUCGCUACCAAAAUGAUCUUUCGCAUAUUGACAAUUUCAACACGAAUGGUUUGUAAAAUUGACUCGAAAUUGCGAUUACACUCUCGGUCUCAUUUUGAUCGGUGAUUCGUACUUGCAGAGUAGAAUACAGCGUAUUGAUACGAUAGAAUAAGUUCGCGCCGUUUCUUUGUUUUAAAUUUGUUUCUGUAAUAUAAUAAUAGCGAUAUAUACAUAAUUCGAAAAUUCUAUUAAAUUAAAUCAAUUAGUCUUUCUAUUCCUAAUUUAGCGUGUAAUCUUGAAAUUGGAAAAUCUAUCGAUUCGCGUUAGGAAUGUACGUCAGGUUUCUUUGUUCUGGGCAUCUAUAGUAAUUCUUGCUAUAGUGCAUCCUGCUAAUUAUUUCAUUUGUGGAGUUUAUCGCAAGCUGGACGAUCUCGUUGAGAGGCCAUUUUCCUCAACUUAUUGCUGUAAAUAUAGUCACGCGUAGAGAGUAAGUUGAGUAAAAGUUUUUAAGCAGGAGAGAUAUAUAUAUAUACAUAUGUAUAUAUUAUAUCGCUAUUAUAUAUGUAUAUGUAUGUGUAUAUGUAUAUAUGUAUAUAUAUGUAUGUAUAUGUAUAUGCAUAUAUAUAUAUAUAAACUGCCAUUGUGUGUGUAGCACUCUACGUUUAAUCGAAAAAAAAAAGUGAUAUGAGCAUGGAAAAACGUCGACGAAUUCGGUCUCGCGUUCCGAUGGAGCGUAAAGUCGAGAAAGAUCAAAACGUGUUGUGAUUGAAUGGUACGUGCAAUGAAAAGUACAAAGUUAAUCGUCGUAUUACUUCGUGUCUCUGUAGCGGAUCAUUGUAAUUUCUGACGAGGGCGUAAAACCCGAGAAGAGAGAAGAAAAUCAAAAUUUCUUUUCCGAAAAACGAAAUGUGAUUUUUGUGAUUUGCAUAAUUGUGAUUUGUUUCCUUUCUUCCCUGUGAUUCGGGACGAACGCAAGAAUGAACGCGACCGGAAUUCGUGGGUUUUUCCCGGAAGUAAAAAAAAAAGAUUAUUUACACAUAUAUAUGUAUAUAUACAUAAACCAGAACACAAUCUUUGUGUCCGUAGCACUGUGAUGAAUAUUUUGAUAGACUAUAAAAAGAAGAAUAAUUAUUAUUACAGAUUAAUAACUAUUUCUGGAUAGCAGACACGUCUUAGAUUUAAUCGAUUCUACUAAUACGUCAUGCGAGGAAAUAUAAUCGUGCGUAAUUUACUAACUAGCCGCAGGAUAAUACGCCCUUGAUACGCCUGUUUUGAAGCAAACGAAUGUGACGAUUCACGUUAUCCUUUAUUUUUCUAAAGACACUCCAUGUAAAUCGCGCGGAAGAAUUACGUGAACGAUUGGGAAGACCUUGUUUCUUUGAUCUUUCACCAGCGAAUAUUAUCUACAGUUUACAAGGAUGCUGACAUAUCGUUCGGGUUGUUAAUCCUUUUCUUUUCCCCACUGGAAACCAAUCAAGUUACACUACUUCACGAAGGAGAAAAAACGCAACAUAUCACGGUCUUUCUGUAUAUGAUGAUUUUUAAUUGUAUGUCAAUACAUCGGCAAUCGAAUCUA